AUGGAGAUGGAGAAGAGGGAGCUGACUUUGUACAACACGAGGACUCAACAGAAGGAAGUUGUAAAGCCCAUCAACCCCGGCAAGAUCCGGAUGUAUCUCUGUGGGAUUUCUGCUUACGGUCUCAGCCAUCUUGGCCACGCUCGUGCUGCCGUCUCCUUUGACGUCCUAUACAGAUACUUAAAGCAUUUGGGUUAUGAAGUUACUUAUGUCCGGAAUUUUACAGAUGUUGAUGACAAGGUAAUCAACAGAGCUAAAGAGUGUGGGGAGAACCCCUUAGAUCUCAGUAGUCGCUUUUGCGAUGAGUAUCUUGUUGAUAUGGGUGCUCUUCAGUGCCUCCUUCCCACCCACCAGCCUCGUGUCAGUGACCAUAUGGAGCACAUAAUCAAGAUGAUUGAAACGAUCAUUGCCAAAGAUUGUGGGUAUGAAGUGCGCGGUGACGUGUUCUUCUCUGUUGAUAAGUCACCAAAUUACGGUCAAGUGCUGGACCAUACUCGAGCUGGUGAGCGUGUCGCUGCUGAUCCAAGGAAGCGCAAUCCUGCUGACUUUGCACUAUGGAAGGUUUGUCUCAGAAUCUAA